AUGGCUCUCAAAGACAGCACCCUAUUUACAGGGCCACAGAACAGCAAGAACCUGUCCCUGGACAGCCAUGCAUUACACAGAGGUCUCUACAAAACAUAUGGAGUGAUGAUGGCUGUCGCACUGGUGCAUGGAGGAGUGUCACCUUCUUUUUUUUCUGAGAGGCUCUACCAAAACCUUUGCUCUACACCUACAUCACCACCCACUCUCAAAGAAGUAGAAGAUCAGGAUUUGCAGUUGAAACUCAAUAAGAUCAGUGAGGCAGUUGAUAUUACAGCGGCUAGAGCUGCCAUUGAGGAAGCUGCGGAGAGCCUGUCCUUGAUGGGGUCCCUGAGGCAUAUCACCACCAUGGAGGGACGGGACCAGUUGGUUCAGGCUGCCACAAGUUUCUACGUGGAAGGAAGGACAAAGGAAGCCUUGCAACAACUUGCUGAAGGACUGGGCACACUUGGUCUCCUGGACCUGAUGAAGAUUAACCCCAGCAUCUUCAAGGAGGUGUUUACUUCAUCAGAGAGGCCUUUAAAGGCUACAGACUUGAUCUCCCUGUUCAAAGCAACGCUGUCCCAUCCUGAAAGCAACCAGUGGCGAAAAGAGAAGAGAGUGGAAGGGUACUGGAGAGACUUCUUACUUGAUAUUGAAGAUGGUGUGUUUGAGAUCACAAUGGAACAAAUCCUGGUGUUUGCCUCUGGAGCCGACAGAGUGCCAGCUCUUGGUUUUUCCCCUCACCCAACGCUGACUUUCAUUCACGAGACAGGGCGGAAGUACCCUGAAGCCAACACCUGCCUUGUAAAUUUGAGACUGCCUAUCCAUGACAAUUAUGUACAGUUCACCAAGUUCAUGUGUGAGGGCAUUAUUCAAGCUCCCACUUUUGGUCUGGCUUAA